UGUAUAAUAUUUAUAUUUUUAGAAAUCAAAAGAAAAUGUUGUUUUUUUACGUGUGAAAUAAAUAAAAAAAAUACAUAAAUUAAUAAAAAUCAAAAAGGCAUAAAAGACAAUUAAUUUUUCUUGAAUUGAAUAAAGUAUAUUUGCUUUUUGAACUUCAAUACGAAUGAUGCACUUUGGACUGCUAUUUAAAGCAGAAAUUUUCAGAAAAAUUAUUAAGAAAAAUAUUUAUUAAUAAAGAAUAGAAAAUUUUAUUUAAAACAUGAAAUAUUAUGGAGGAAUUGAGGGUGGCGCAACCCAUUCAAAACUUAUAAUUUGUAAUGAAGAAGGUGAAAUACUUAGUACAGUAACGGGUCUUGGAACAAAUCACUGGAUUUCUGGAAUUCCAGAAGUAGCCAAACGUAUUGCCGACAUGAUUGAAAAAGGAAAAAAGGAAGCAAAAAUCAAUCAAACAACAAAAUUAAUAAGCUUAGGUUUAAGUUUAAGCGGAUGUGAACAGGAGGCAACAAAUAGCCAAUUGCGUAAUGCAUUACGAUCAAAAUAUCCAGAUAUUGCUGAACAUUAUGUAGUUUGUAGUGAUACUGUUGGUAGCAUUGCUGCGGUUUCUGCAAAAGGAGGUCUGGUUCUUAUUUCAGGAACCGGUUCAAAUGCUUUACUUAGAAAUCCUGAUGGAUCUGUGCAUGGGUGCGGGGGAUGGGGCAAUUUUCUUGGUGAUGAAGGCAGCGCAUGGUGGGUGUCACAUCGUGCAAUAAAAAUAAUUUUUGAUGAUAUGGACAAUUUCGAAAAAUCACCAUAUCCUAUUGAUAAAGCUUGGGAAUUAACCAAAGAGCACUUUUCAUUACAAAACAGAAGAGAUAUAUUAGAUCAUUGUUAUGCAAAAUUUGAUAAACCAUUUUUUGCUAGUUUAUGCAAAAAACUAGCAUUAGCUGCUGAAAACGAUGAUAAACUUUGUCGGUAUUUAUUUAAUGAGGCUGGACGACUAUUGGCAAGAUUUGUUAUAGCUUUACUUCCAAAAGUACAGAAAUCUCUGGUAGAUAGUGGGGACUUAAGAGUUCUUUGUGUUGGUUCAGUAUGGUUAAGUUGGAAACUUAUGCGAGAAGGUUUUAUAAAUGAGCUAAAUAAUGUAUCUAUAGAUUUCGGAUUACAAAUGGUUACUCCUACAAAUUCAAUUGCAAUGGGCCCAGUUUAUUUAGGAGUAGAUGGUGUAAAUCAUGAUUUUCCAAGGAAUUAUGAAGCUAACUAUAAACUUUUUUAUACAUAUAAGCAGCAUAAACAAAAUGGUUGUAUAUAAUAGUAUUUCUAUUAAUGGAUAUAAUUAAAUUGAUAUUACUUUAUUAUUAAAAAUAAAUUAGAUGUACAUACAAGUAAAUUAAAAUAUAUAAAGCUGUUAUAGACUUGAGAUUGGAAAUUGUUUAUCGUAAAUGAUAGGAGAUUGAUUACUAAAACAAAAUGUUGUUAGAAUGAAUUUAAAAAUGAAUGUCUUAAAUCAUACGUAAUCUUUAUUUAAAAUUUAGGAUAGUGUGAAUUACGAAUAUUUGCAAUUUUUUUUUA